UGGCUGUUCGAGUGUGGGGGUGGGAUGGAGGGCAGUUUCGAGGGUGAGGCUGUGGAGGGGGGGUUGUUCUCGGUGAGUGGUAGGCUAACAGGGGAGGAUCUGAACAGGGAGGCCGGGGGAGGGGGAAAGGGGAGUGGAGGUGGAGGGGGGCUACUAAACAGGAAGAUGGUUUUUUAUUUAUUUAAAUUUAAGGUUUUUCUAUUAAAAAAAUUAACAAAUUACAACGCGACACGUGUCCAAUGUAACCUAUUAAACAGGUUACCGGUUUUUUGUUCUAUUUAUAGAAGAUGUAUGUCAAAGGUCGUGUUAUUUUGAGAUAAUCCAAAGGUGGUUCUAUUAUUGGAAGACCGGUGAAAGGUUGUAUUAUUCUUGGCAAAUUUUCCAAAAAAAAAAUUGUGAACACAAAUGUAACACUUUUGUAGUUCUACUUUUACUUGUAGGUUUGCUAAUGCACAACUUUAACCAAUAAUAUAUUUUCUAUUACUUUAAAGUAUAUUUUGAAAAUAUAUAUAGAGACAAAUCCAAUGACACUGUACGUGAUAUUUGUUUCCCCUCCAUAUUAGCUAAAAAUAUGGUUAAAGUGAGUUUUGUGGAUAGUGUACAAAGUCAAAGUGAAAGAACUAAUGCAAAACGGAGGGAGAGCAAUAUUGUAUCCAUCAUAUUUUAUAAAUUUUCCAAGGUAAAAGGUUGCUGUAAAGUUUGUUGGUGUGUGCCAAGGUAAAGGUUUCUGUAAAUUUGUAGGUGGUGUGUUGAGAGAUUCAAGCCAUACAACUUAUUCUUUGGCUAGUCAUAAUUAAUAGUCUCAAUUGGUCAAUUAAAUGUAUAAAUUUUCUCUUCCAACCCUCUAUUAUUUAAUUUAUUUUGGCCAUUCAAUGUAGUAACUGCUGGUUUUGAGCCUUGUUACAUCUGUUGCUAUUUUCAAUGUGGAAUGGGUUAGUCUCUUGAGGCUGAGAAAACAUUCUCUAUGCUAAGACACAUGUACAGAGUUCAAACAUAUAACUUUAUCUUGCCUGUAUGGUAGUCCAGUCAAUCUGAUACAGAUGUCCACAACUCCACAUACCUGUAUUCAAUAUUAGCUGUCCCUUAAACUUUAUUUUUUUUUGAAUUGCGUUGGUUUGGGAAUGUAAGACGGAGACCCCAGGGUGCACCGGUACGAAGAGUGGAAGAGUGGGAUCAUGGACAACUUAAACAAGAGGGAGACUGAAAAUGACUAGGUUGGAAGGAGUUAGGAAGGAUAUGAAGCAAAUGGAUUUGCAUGAGAAUAAAGUAUUUGAUUGUAAGGGAUGGAUGAAGAACAUUUUUGUGUAUGACUAUAUGGAAUAAUCACCUUUGCCCCACUUAUGGGAUUAAGGCUUUAAUUGAUUGAUUGCUAUAUAGCAAUAAUAACUUCUUAGAGAAAUUUAUUCUGGAAAGGGGGAGUACUUUUAAGGCCUAUGGUUUGGCAAGAUAUCUUAUGGUGUCUGGAUAAAGCAACUGUGUACUUGAGCAUGCAUUAUGAGAUGAUCUGGAAGAGAGAGAGGUUUUUACUCGAGAAUAAAGACACUAGUGGGAAGGCUUUAUUGAAGCCUGUCUCUCAUUUUCAGACGUGGAGAGUUGGUAUUCUAUUUUUUGCUUUUGGAAACUGUCUCAAUUUUUUCUCAUUUGGAUAUGCUGCUCAGUCACUUCUUGCAGCUCUAGGAUCUGUUCAGUUUGUCUCAAACAUCGCGUUUGCGUUCUUCGUUUUGAACAAAAAGAUUUCAGUAAAGGUAUUGGUAGCCACAACUUUUAUUGUUCUUGGAAAUGUUUUCCUUGUUGCCUUUGGCAAUCACCAGUCACCUGUGUAUACACCAGAGGAGUUGGCAGAGAAGUAUAGCAACAUAACAUUCCUACUUUACUGCUUGACUUUGGUAAUUGUUGUUGCCUUUCAUCACUAUCUCUACAGAAGAGGAGAAUUACUUGCAACUUCUGGGCAUCAAAUCAAAGCCUAUUGGCAAAUGCUGCUUCCUUUUUCCUAUGCAGUUGUUUCAGGCGCAGUAGGAUCUUGUUCUGUGCUGUUCGCUAAGUCUCUCUCUAAUCUUUUGAGAUUGGCUAUGUCCAGUAACUAUCACUUGCAUAGUUGGUUCACAUACUCCAUGCUUCUACUGUUUCUCAGCACAGCUGGUUUCUGGAUGGCUAGGUUAAAUGAUGGACUGGCCUUCUUUGAUGCAAUUGUCAUAGUUCCCAUGUUUCAGAUUGCAUGGACUUUUUUCUCUAUUUGUACUGGAUUUGUUUACUUUCAGGAAUAUCAGGUCUUCAAUACGUUACGGACAACAAUGUUUAUUCUGGGCAUGAUGUCUGUGUUCGUAGGCAUUACUUUGCUUGCUCCAGAUGAGGUUAAAGGUGGUGAAGUCAAAGAUGGUUCCUUGGAUGCUAUCACAUCUCCAAGUGUUGCAAAUGAUGAGGAAAGGUUGUUGGUUACAUCACUGGAGGAUACUCAAAACAAAGAGGUGAAGCCAAUUUUACGAAUUAUGUUAACCAAGGCUGUAGAUGUCAUGCUCAAAGCAAAGACUACUUGCUUAUUAGCAUUAGGAAUGGGAGAAAAUUCGAUGAAUGCAUCUUCCGUUUUUGUGAUGCCUAUGUUAUCCUCAAAGCUAACUGGAUUUAGAGGCGGCAGUACUGCUGACCGGACCAAGUUUUUCCUGAUGAGAGGUAAUGGUUGGGAUAAGAUCCCAAUGGACGAGGAUAAACUGCUGGAGACAAGCUCACUGGUCUCGCAGAGUGUGUGAUAGAAUUAGUUGUGUAAGUCCCCAAUAAUCUUUUACACUAUUUUUCUGGUGUCACACUUGACACCCUCUUAUUGUUAAAAUCUGUAGGUCACUAGAGUGGUGUAUAAAUAUAUCUUCCUUUCGAGUUUGUUGUAGCCUGAAGUCAAAAUGUAUUUUAAAGUUGUACAUACUCAGUUCUCGGAAACACGAGAUUCGUUGUACUAUAAAUUUUCAAGUAAAUAUGUCAUAGAAAUUGAUGUUUCAAUUUUCGAAGUAAAUGUAUCCGAAUUCUCAGCA